GCUAUUUUUAAGUUGAACGCUAACUUCCGGUACAGGAGUAGUUUCACAGAAGGUGAAAGAGCUUCUUUCUGUUUAAAAUCUUCCUUCGUUUAGAGUUUUUAUCCACAAACAUCUCCAGGAGACACUCUGUCACCGUCAACAACACGGCGUCAGUUUCAAUCUGAACAAACGGCGGAGUUUAGAAAGCGACAGUUUGUCUGUUAGCUCGCUAACGUUAGCACGCUAAGCUAACCGGCUAUCCGCGGCUCCUGGAGAAAAACAACCCGAAAAAGGUCGCUCAGAAUCGGACACUUGAUCUGUAAAACUCCGCCCCUCGAGAACCGUGAUUUUUUUUUCUCUUGCAUAACGGAGAAGGUGGAUUUUUCAUGUGUGCACCGGGCCAGGUUUGGACUCUUUAAUGGGAGGCUCCUCGCUGUGGACGGGGAUCAGGCUGCUGCUGCCGAGGACCUGGCUGCUGUGUACCGGGUCCAUAUGGAGCCUCUGGCCGGGUACGUGUUCAAGGCGGCCAGCGAGGGCCGGGUCCUGACGCUGGCCGCCCUGCUACACAACCACCCGGAGGAGGAGGUCCGGUUCCUGCUGAACCAUGUGACCCAGGUGGCCGGGCAGAGGUCCACCCCGCUUAUCAUCGCGGCCCGGAACGGACACGACAAGGUGGUCCGGCUGCUGGUGGAUCACUACCGGGUGGACACCGAGCAGACCGGCACCGUGAGGUUCGACGGCUACGUCAUCGACGGAGCGACGGCGCUGUGGUGUGCGGCGGGCGCCGGGCACUUUGAGGUGGUGCGCCUGUUGCUAAACCACCGAGCCAACGUGAACCACACCACCAUCACCAACUCCACGCCGCUGCGCGCCGCCUGCUUCGACGGCCGCCUGGACAUCGUGCACUACCUGGUGGAGCACAACGCCGACAUCCGCAUCACCAACAAGUACAACAACACCUGCCUGAUGAUCGCCGCCUACAAGGGCCACGCCGACGUGGUCACAUUCCUGCUGGAGCGCGGCGCUGACCCCAACGCCAAGGCGCACUGCGGUGCCACUGCGCUACACUUCGCGGCGGAGGCGGGGCACCUGGAGAUCGUGAAGGAGCUGGUGCGCUGCCAGGCCGGCAUGGUGGUGAACGGCCACGGCAUGACUCCGCUGAAGGUGGCGGCAGAGAGCUGCAAGGCGGAGGUGGUGGAGCUGCUGCUGGCACACGCUGACUGCGACGCUCAGAGCCGCAUCGAGGCGCUGGAGCUGCUGGGUGCCUCCUUCGCCAACGACCGGGAGAACUACGACAUCCAGAGGACGUACCACUACCUGCACAUGGCCAUGACAGAGCGCCACCGCGACCCCAGCAAUGUCAUCGACAAGGAGCUGCUGCCCGCCAUCGAGGCGUACGGCGGGCGCAGCGAGUGCCGCACACUGCCGGAGCUGGAGGCCAUCCGGGUCGACCGCGACGCGCUGCACAUGGAGGGCCUGAUGAUCCGUGAGCGGGUGCUCGGCUCCGACAACAUAGACGUGUCGCACCCCAUCAUCUACCGCGGCGCCGUCUAUGCCGACAACAUGGAGUUCGAGCAGUGCAUCAAGCUGUGGCUGCACGCGCUGCGGCUGCGGCAGAAAGGGAACCGCAACACGCACAAGGACCUGCUGCGCUUCGCCCAGGUCUUCUCACAGAUGGUGCACCUGAAGGAGCGCGUGGUGGCGCCGGCCGUGGAACAGGUGCUGAGCUGCAGCGUGCUGGAGAUCCAGCGCAGCAUGGCGCGCGUCGACGCCGCCACCGAGGCCGAGCUGCCGCAGGCCCUAGACAACUACGAGUCCAACGUGUUCACCUUCCUGUACCUCACCUGCAUCUCCACCAAGACCACCUGCGGCGAGGAGGACCGCGCCCGCAUCAACAAGCACAUCUACGACCUGAUCCAGCUGGACCCGCGCUCCCGCGGAGGCGCGUCGCUGCUACACCUCGCCAUCAGCUCCAGCACGCCGGUGGACGACUUCCACACCAACGACGUGUGCAGCUUCCCGAGCGCGCAAGUCACCAAGCUGCUGCUGGACUGCGGCGCGCAGGUGAACGCCGUAGACCACGAAGGCAACACGCCGCUGCACGUCAUCGUGCAGUACAACCGGCCAAUCAGCGACUUCCUCACGCUGCACGCCAUCAUCAUCAGCCUGGUGGAGGCCGGCGCGCAUACCGACAUGACCAACAAGCAGAAGAAGACGCCGCUGGACAAGAGCACCACGGGCGUGUCGGAGAUCCUGCUGAAGACGCAGAUGAAGAUGAGUCUGAAGUGCCUGGCGGCGCGCGCCGUGCGGCAGCACCGCAUCACCUACCGCAACCAGAUCCCCAAAACCCUGGAGGAGUUUGUGGAGUUCCACUGAGAGAUGCUCGGAGCUUUUAAAAACUUCAUCAGUUUCUAACUGACACUGAGCCGUCAGCGCCGCCAGUUUGAGCAUUUUUAUAAAAAAAACACGUCACUUUUUUUCUAUUUUAAGUAUUAAUCGCUAAGAACCAGCAGCUGAGAGGACGCUGCGAGGUCUGCCUUAUCUCCGUGACGACAGACGCCAUGUUCCAGAGUGUGUGUGUGUGUGUGUGUGUGUGUGUGUGUGUGUGUGUGUGUGUGUGUGUGUGUGUGUGUGUGUGUGUGUGUGUGUGUGUGUGUGUGUGUGUGUGUGUGUGUGUGUGUGUGUGUGUGUGUGUGUGUGUGUGUGUGUGUGUGUGUGUGUGUGUGUGUGUGUGUGUGUGAUAAGGAAGGGAACCGUGGCAUUAAAACACAUUUAUUUUGCAUGAAAGAUAAAAGUAAUUUAUGCGAUCUGAUAUUUUUUACAGUUUUAAGUAAUUCUGUGAUUUAAGUCUGCUUUUUUUCCACUUGAACAGAACUGAAUUGAUUUUGAAAGCCUUAAAUAUUAAAUACAGUCUAGUAUUUCACAGGAGGAAGAAGAAUACUUGAGAUGAAUUGAUAUUUAUGAUCAGAUUUAACAUUCUUCUUUUUCUGCCCAGAAUACUCAGAUUUAAUAAUGUUCAAAAUGAAUCCAUGUGUUUGGUGUCCACAUACUUCUGGCCAUGUAGUGCAAGUUUUCAACUGUUAAGAAGACAACAACCAGAAAUCUCACUUUCGAUCGAGACUCCGAUGAUGUUUGUGCAUGAGCUUUUAUUUUGAAAAUCCGAGAACAUGAGCACAGGAAGUGAAUGUUUGCAGAGCGAUGAAAGCCUCAAAUUCAGCUAAAAGAAUAUAUUUUUAUUUUCUCUCUGUCGUCCUGAAGCUAAAACACACAUUUUAUUUUAGUGUUCAGUUUCCUGAUUUUGUGUCUGCAUCCUUGAUGAGGUGAAAAUAUGACUUUGCAUUAUUGGUAUAAAAACAACUCAUUUCUAACGAC